AUGUUCGCGGUGCCGGGCUGGUCGGUGUCGAGCGCCGACCUGAAGCAGCAGAAGGAGCCCAUAUCGAAGCCAACGCAAACCUCGACAGAAGCAGGGAAUAGCGGAACAGAGCCCACCGCAAAGUCAAAAUCGAAGAAGAGAAAGCGUGGUCAUGGCGACCAGGUCAUCAAGUCCAAUCUCGAUGAGAUGUUUCGGAAGCACAUCGAGGGUCAGGGCAAGCCUUCCACUGCCAACAACAACGAUCUGAAGAGCGCGACAAAGGAGGGAAAGAAGAAGAAGAAAAAGAAAGAAAAGAAGGACCGCAAAGGCCAGGAUAACUCUGGAGGCGAUCACCCGACCAAGGAGGACGAUCACCACGUUGAAGACGAUGGCGAUGGCAAGAAGAUCAAGAAGCAGAAGCUGGAUAAGGACUCUCAACCUUCCAAGAACGACUCGAAUGCUACAAACGGAUCCUCAGCAUUAACAGAGGCCCUCCCACCGCCACCACCUUCGACCGGCGCCAUCCUCACCCCGCUCCAGCAGAAAAUGCGCGACAAGCUUCUGUCUGCUCGAUUCCGUCAUCUGAACGAGACGUUAUAUACGACCCCCUCGAAACAGGCGAUGGAGCUCUUUACUGCGAAUCCGGAGCUGUUUGCGGAAUAUCACGCUGGAUUCUCACGACAGGUGAAGGAGUCAUGGCCGUCCAACCCCGUUGACGGCUACAUUCGGGCGAUCCAAAAGCGGGGCGAAGUGCCUUCUAAGAAACAGUCCAAAGCAGAGGGUGAAAACAGCGCCAUUAAACCGCUUCCUCGGAGACAAAAUGGUGUUUGCACCAUUGCAGACCUGGGCUGCGGUGACGCCCAGCUCGCCCGCGCGCUCACGCCGUCCGCAAAGAAGCUCCAGCUGGAAUUCCUCAGCUACGACCUGCACGCGCCCAACCAGUUCGUGACCAAGGCGGAUAUCUCAAACCUACCCCUUGCGGACGGGAGCGUUGACAUCGCCAUCUUCUGUCUCAGCCUGAUGGGCACGAACUGGAUCGACUUUGUGGAGGAAGCAUGGCGAGUGCUGCGUAACGACGGCAAGGGCGAGUGCUGGGUCAGCGAGGUGAAGAGCCGUUUCGGCAGAGUAACACGAAGAAAAGGGCAGAUCGCGCCAAAGAAAGCAGAAAGCAAAAGGCAGCAAAAGAAGAACAAGAAAAAGAAGCGCAAAGCUGGCGGCGGCGGUGGUGGUGAUGGAGAAUCCGACGUCGAAGAAGACACCGAGGCCGAAAUCUUCGCCGAGGACGCGCGCGAUGGCGACAACACCGACGAGACCGACAUCUCGGCCUUUGUCGAAGUCUUCCGCAGCCGGGGGUUUCUCCUCAAACAGGAAUCCGUCGACCAGUCGAACAAGAUGUUCGUCAAGAUGGAAUUCGUCAAGCCGGCGUCCCUACCGCCGACGAAAGGGAAGCACGCUGGGAAAGCGGCGCUGCCACCGGGCAAGAGGCGAUUCAUUGAAAAUGAUGACGACAACGGAUUGACGCCGGAGGAGGAAGCGAAGGUGUUGAAGCCAUGUGUUUAUAAAACGAGAUAA